AUGUCAGGGCUACAGGUGCCACACACUCGGCAUGUGUUCUUGUCUAUUGGGUCUUCCGUGACGAUCAGAGGGACGACUCUCCUCCCUUUCGUCAAGGACCCCCAGCUGCAGGUGGAUUUCCACACUGGGACAACCGAGAAGUCGGACAUCGCCUUCCACUUCCGAGUGUACUUUGGCCACUUUGUGGUGAUGAGCAGCCGUGAGGAUGGGAGCUGGAAGGGUCAGGUGUGGUCUUCCCACAUGCCCUUCGCGGACGGCAAAGCAUUCGUCCUGCGCAUCCUGGUGCUGCACAAUGAGUACCAGGUGGUGGUAAACGGCCAACACUAUUACAGCUUUGCCCAUCGACUCCAGCUAGGGGAUGUGAGGAUGGUGCAGGUGUGGAGAGAUGUCUCCUUGACUUCAGUGGAUUACGCCUAG